AGGGCGGACCAAUGGGCGAGGGCCGCCGUCCUGUCCUCUCACCACUCUUGUUUUGGCUCUGUACCUAACCAUGAGGAUAUACCGGAUCUGAGCUCAAAUUUGGGGGAUUAUAAGGCCGUAUUAUGAAGCUAUAGAGGGUAGUUGUGUAUGCAUAAUGCGUGUUGUAGGGCUGGUGUCUGGUGGUAAGGACAGCUGCUACAACCUCCUGCAGUGUGUUGCUGCUGGACACCAAGUGGUAGCCUUGGCCAACUUGGCACCCAGUUGUGUAGAUGAAUUGGACAGUUAUAUGUAUCAGAGUGUGGGACACAUGGGAGUGGCAGUUUAUGCGGAAGCGGUGGGAAUCCCACUGUUUCGGCGAGUGAUCCAGGGCACCUCUCUCAACACUGCCACUAUCAGCUAUAAACCCACAGAAGGGGAUGAAGUUGAGGAUCUCUUUUAUCUUCUAAAGGAAGUAAAGGCAAAAUGCUGUGUGGAUGCUGUGAGUGUCGGUGCUGUUCUUUCUGAUUAUCAACGAGUUCGAGUAGAAAAUGUGUGCAGUAGACUAGGCUUAGUUUGCCUAGCAUUUAUGUGGCAACGUGACCAGUCUGAACUUCUGCAAGAGAUGGUCGAGUGUGGCUUGGAUGCCAUCAUUAUUAAAGUAGCAGCCAUUGGCCUGGAACCCAGAAAACACCUUGGAAAAUCUAUCAGUCAAAUGGUUUCAUACCUUGAAAAAAUGAAAGAAAAAUAUCGGCUGAAUGUAUGCGGCGAAGGAGGUGAAUAUGAAACAUUUACUCUUGACUGCCCCAUUUUCAGAAAGCGUAUAGUAGUUCGAGAAACAGAAUUGGUAGAGACUACAGGAGAUGUUGGUUACCUGAAUCUGAAGUCUUUAGAGCUUGUUGAUAAAGAGAUUGGGGAUGAAGUGAGCCAGCUAGAGUUAGUGAAGGCAGCAGGACUACGCGGCCCAGAAGAGUUUCUGUGCGACUUAAAACUGGCUGAGGAGGAGCAACAAGCCGAGGACCAGGCAAAGGAGUCACAUAUAGAAGAUGCUGAUACCUCUAUAACCAGCUAUGAGCCAUUUGAAGGUGACGUGGUGUCUUCACCGGAAGUGCCAGAUGACCUGCACUUCAGUGUUGUUCGCACCAUCACCGGCUUUACUUUUGCUGGCAGCUUCUCUGGCCACACUGCAGAGGAAGCUCUCAUGAAGUUAAAAGAAUGUUUGCUUGGUGAAGAAAUGGAGUUGCAUCACUUAGUUUGUGUGAAGAUGUACGUGCAGGAUAUAAAUGAUUAUGUCCAACUCAAUGCUCAGUACAUCAAAUACUUCUCAUCUAAUCCACCAGUUAGAGUUUGUGUAGAGGUGCCUCUUCCAAGUGAUGUUAGAGUACAGUUUGAUGUGUCUGGUUGGAGACAGAGUCAUAUGACCACUGAUGAGGAUGAAAAUACGUUACAUCCCACAUCUCGCACAACUAUGCACGUCCAGGGCAUCUCUCACUGGGCACCAGCCAAUAUUGGGCCAUAUAGCCAGGCAGUAAAGGUGGGCAGUGUGGUGGUGGUGGCUGGCAUGAUUGGACUGGUGCCAGGCACAUUACAAGUGGUAACUGGAGGAGUUGAAGUACAAGCUCGUCUAGCUCUGCGACAUGUGUCAAGAGUCAUCACAGCAGUGGCUUCAUCCUCUGAUAUAAGAGCUGUCGUGCAAGGUGUUUGUUUUGUGACCAGACUAUCGGACAUUGGUGUGGCUAGAAGGAUGAUGGCUCGGCUGAGUGAGUCUCAGAUCUCGACGUAUGUUGUGGUGCCUGGCUUGCCACGUGCUGCCUUAGUGGAGUGGCAAACUUGGGCUUGUGUUGAAAAUGACAAGUUUGAAUAUGAAGAGAAGGGUUAUACAAGAGGGAAUGUUAGCGUAAGAUUAAGAAGAAGAUGGUAUCAUGACAACUCUGUUUGUGCGGUCAACACAACAGCAAGUUGUUUUUCACCGGAUGACCUAAGUUGUGAGAUGAUAAAAGAAGUCAUUCAGUACACGAUUACCAAAGCCGAUACUGCGAUGCCCUUCGGACUAACAUUAUUUUACCGUAGUGGUGGCUUGUCUCGUUCCUUGCUGCAACAAGCCCUCGUCGAGGCGGUGCCUCGGGGUCUGGCUACGAUAUCACUAGUGCCGGUCUUGGCUCUGGAGGACAAUCAUACUCUUCUGACUGUAACUGCAACACGUUAUUAAUUAUCAUGGGUGUUAUGCAGUUGAUCUAUGGUGCAUUCAAUCACAAUUUUGUAUUUUAUAAUUACAGUUUGCGUGAAGAGGUUCUGCAGAAAGUCAUUAUACAUAAUGCAUUAUUUGUCAUGGAUAGGGUUAAGUUUUUUUAGCUCAACUGUGAUGUAUUGCACAAAUAGUUUUUUGUAUAAAAUUUAGACUAUAAGUGCUGACUUUGGAAAAUUCUAAAUAUGUAUGCUGUAUUUAUGAUAAUGGUAAUAUGAAUGUGAGGCCAUAUACAUCAAGUUGAUAAAUCUGCGAUUGUAUUUACUACCCAAGAUAACUUUCUCCAAUUAAUAUGUUAUGUGAAAUAAUGGAGGGGGUGGGAUACAUAAUGUUUUUAUUAGGACACUUUUUCUGAAUAAUGAUUGAUUUUUAGUACUGAAUUAAAUGUAGUACACUGUUACUGUACUAAUUAGAGGCAAGUGUGCUUUUUAGAAUGGUCAAAAAUCUUGAAUCUAAACUUGUACAUCUCCUUAGCAAUGACUAGCUCAAGGGUAUGCUUGGCUAAUGCAGAAAUACUGACAUGAUGAAUGCUUUCAUGAUGUACAUAGGACAUACAGUACAUUUGUCACAUGUGUAUUUUGUUAUGGCAGUGUAAUAAAAGCAAUAGCACUGGUGAACCGUG